AUGCUGAGUCAUCGGUUAUUAGUAGCCCUGUUUGCGUUCUCUAUCAGUGCAUGGCUUCCAAACGCGUCGCUAUUACCGAGCGCAGAAGCCGUUCAGUUUUCGGGAAAAAAAUACGCGCCGUGCGGCGUGUCAGGGAAUUACUCCGUGGUGGGUUUCAGAGGCGCGUUCAGCCCUCUGCACCCGCGCAUUCAGCUGUCUGCGCUCGUGACGGUGUAUGACGACUGCUACCUCGCUCUCUCAUCGCUCUCAUUGAAAUCAGCCAACAGCACUCCCUCUCUCUCCCUCUGGGGGGGAAUAGCUGGCGACGAUCCAUUCUCCUACGCCUCCCCCCUCGACCCCACCCUCUCCUCCCUCACCCCCUCCUCCGCCUCCCCUCUCCUCGCCGUUCACAUCGGCUCCCAAGGCCGCACGUGGGAUAACAUACACGUUCUCUAUCUCGUCACUACCACUCCCGCGGGGGUCUUACAGAAAAUCUUGGCGCAGCUGCAGCUUCCCAGGCGCCUUACCCUUGGCGGGGCAGCAGGUGCCAGCGGCAAGGGUGCUGGGGGGGUAGAUUUGCUGCCAGGAAGCGCAACGGAAGCUUCCGAGAGUCUGCGGAAGCAGGUGUUGAAGUAUGCCAAGGAGAACCGGUUGCUGGCGCCGCCGCCGCCGGUCAUGCCGCCGCCGCCCCCGCCCGUUCCGCCUCCCCCUCCGCCCGUGGCGUCCCCCGCGCUGGGGUUCGUGAAUUGCGUCACUGCGAAGAAGGGCCGGCUGAAUAUCUACUGGCGCAUGGUGGGCGACCCCAUAAACGGCAUGGCCGUGGAGUUUGGGCUGGAGGGGAAGGUGCCUGACAACAGCUGGAUGGCCCUGGGCCUGUCGGGUAACCAGUCGCAAGCGGACAUGCACAGCAGCGACAUCGCCGCUGCAGGAAUCUUCUCCUCCAGCAGCAGUAGCAGCAGUAGCAGCAGCGGCGGUAGCAGCAGCAGCGGCAGCAGUGUUGCUAGCGGUAGCAGCAGUUUUGGUAGUGGUGCUAGCAGCGGUGGUGGGAGUGGGGCGGCGGAUGCUUUUGCAACGGAUUUCUAUGUCACGGCGCUGGAGGCGUGUGAGCAGAUCGCAGGAGGAUACGUGGGCGUGUGUCCGGACGCACUGCUGGGCUCCUCUCCCUCGCUCGACAACGUCAACCUCACCCUCGCUGCGCGCCAAGCAGACGUCUCCUUCGUCCGCUUCCGCCGCUCCCUUGCCCUCUCCACCGACCCCCUCUUUGACCGCCGAUUCGAUAUAAGCUUCCCCUCUGCAGUCCCCAACAACACCGACCUGUCCCAGCCCCUGCUGUUCAUUUUCGCCACGGGACCUCUUCUCCCGUCCUCCACCCCCUCGCUGCCGCAACUCCUCCCACACGCCGCCUCUGCUGCGUUCUUUUCCGGAUCCAUUAGAAUCACAUUGAACGCGGCUAAAGCCACAAACUCCUGUGAACCGCUCUGGAACACGCCGGAGCUCAGCUACCCGCCUCUGCCGCCCGGUUUGCUACCCUCGCCGCCCGGCGAGCCGUCCAUGUGGGACGACGGGGCGGUGAUUUCUGGCUUAUCUCAGUGCAGCACCACGUUUGAAGGGGAAAACAGGAAAUUCGCGUCCUGUGAGGCGCUACCAGGAGGGUUCUUUUUCAUGUGGACUCUAGGGAAAGAGGAGCUGUCUGGUGCGUUUAUUUCCCAGUCGGUCUCCCCCCAAGGGUAUGCUGCUGUAGGGCUGCUGCUACCACCGCCGACUCCGCUUCUAGAGGCGCUGUUUACCCCUCCCCCCGCGCCGGCGGGGGGGAAUGAGAGCGCGGAGGGAGGGUAUGUGAAGCCGGACUCGUUAGUGGGCGCCUCGAUGCUGGUUGCAGUGCGGGCGGAGGACGGAAGCGGGGGAUUGAAGGUGGAGGAGUAUCAGAUCGUGAAGCAGGAGGGAGGCAGCAGCAACGCCAUGCUCCUCUGGACCAAAGGCACCCAGUUCUUCCCCUCCAACGACUCACUCUCCCCAGACGGAGUGUCCGCCAUGGCAAGCGCGCCGAUAGACUUCGGCAAGGAAACCGACGUGGAUCCGAACGCGGCGACGGUGACGACGGCGGGGGUGGUGUAUUCGGCGCUGAGUGUGGCGGCGUGGGCGUUUAUGCUGCCGGUGGGGGCGGUUUCGGGGCGGUAUGUGAGGAAGCGUAGUCGGUACUGGUUCCCGCUGCACCAGGGGUUUCAGCUGGGGGGGUACUUUCUGACGGUCGCGGCGUUCACGAUUGCCAUGUCGCUGGAGGCGCUGCAUCGGUCCGUGGGCUACUGCGUGCUGCUGGCGCUGCUAUCGAUGCUCAUGGUGCUGCAGUCCGUGGGGUACUGCGUGCUGCUGGCGCUGCUAUCGAUGCUCAUGGUGCUGCAGUCCGUGGGCUACUGCGUGCUGCUGGCGCUGCUAUCCACACUCAUGGUGCUGCAGGUGAGGGGCUUGGAUUGGAGCUUUACAGAUCUCUGCAGUGAUUGUUCGUCCGCCCGAGUCCCACCACCUUUGCGACCACUGGCGGCGAUUCCACAAGGCGUGCGGGUGCUUGUUGGAGGUUUCAAGUCUCUCACCCCUCCCAUCUCCCUCCCCAACCAACCUGUCAACCCCACCCUUACCCCGCAGAUCUCUGCAGUGAUUGUCCGUCCGCCCGAGUCCCACCACCUUCGGGACCACUGGCGGCGAUUCCACAAGGUGUGUGGGUGCUCCACGCUGCUCCUCGCCCUCAUCCUCCUCUUCCUAGGCCUUCAGCUUAUCCAUGCCUCCUCGGGAUUCUCCAUUACUGCUGGUGUGUGGCUGGCGCUGCUGGCUUCGUGUUGCUUGACGCUGGAGUGGCUGCUGUGGGCGAAUCGGCUGACUCAGACUCGGGUUCGGCCUGAGAGUGAGAGGGAAGCGAGUGAGAAGGAGAGUGUGGAUAGCGAGGAGGAGGAGGGGGAGGAGGGGGAGGGGAGUGAUGGGGAGUGGGAUGAUGGGAUUUCGGAUUUGAUGCUGGAAGGGGGGGAAGGUGGGGAUGGGGGGGAUGGGGAUGUGGAUAAGGAUGGGGAUGGGGGGAGGGAUUUGGAGAGAGGAGGAGUGGAGGGUGGAGGAGGGGAUGGAGAUGAGGGGAGUAAGCUGCGGGACUGGGAGAGGCGGAUGCUGGCAGGGCAUGCGGGGGCACUACCCAUUGGUGCUGCUGGUGAAUUGACUCGGGUAGGAGGAGGAGCAGGACCAGGAACAGCGGGGGGGGGAGGAAGAGGAGGAGGAGGAGGAGGAGGAGGAGGAGAAGGAAAGCGAGGGUCGCACUCGCACCACCACUCGCACAUGCUACCUGUAGAGCGCACAGAGAGCACUACAAGCAGCAGCAGCGGGAUGGACGGGGGGUCAACAUAUUUCAACCCACGCAACAUCCUGGUUGGCGCUCCUGCUGCCAGUGCUACAUCCACCGUUCCUUCAGUCAGCGCUACAACUGCUACAGCUGCGGCAGGUGCCACCGGCAACGCCAGUGCCAAGGACCCUGCUAGCGCUACGUCUGUGCCUAUGCUGAGGGCUACGAGAGCUCUAGGAGCUGGUGAAAGGGGGCGAGGAGGGGAAGAUGGAGCGGGGGGUGUUGUAGGAGGAGUAAGAGAUGCAGAAGCGGGGACAGGAGAAACAGGAGGAGGAUUGGGAGUGGGAGGAGGAGCAGAGGCAGGUGCGUUUUCCUUAGCCACGAAAACCACUUUUAUGAACCCUCUCUACUCGUCAGUGGAGGGGAGCGUGAACGGGGAGGGGGGCAGCAGCAGCCCUGCCAGCAGCAGCGCUUAUAAGUCGACUCAAAAUCCUGCUUUGGAAUCGACUCAAAAGCCCGCUUUCAUGAACCCUCUGUACUCGUCAGUGGAAGGGAGCCUGAACGCGGAGGCUGGCAGCGGCAACCCUGCCAGCAGUGAUUAUAGCAGUGGCCAGAGCAGCCCCAGAAGCAGCAGUGGUAGGGCGGCUGCUGCUGCAGGUGUUUCUGUUAAAGGUGAAGGUCUUGGGAGUGUUGAGCUUGCAGCUGUAGGCAAGCAGGCACAGCAGCAGAACGAACAAAAGCAGCAGCAGCAGGAACAUGAGAAGGAGCAGCAACGGCAGCUGUGGCAGCAGCUGUGGCAGCUGCAGCAGACGGGGCAAAGGGAGGCUGGGGAGCAGAAGGAAGGUGAGAGGAAGCAACAGGAGGAACAGAUUAUGGAGCAAUGGCAGAGGCGAAUGCAGCAGCAGCAGCAGCAGCAGCAGGAACAGCAUCGGCAGCAGUCAAGGAGAGUCUUGGACGGCGGUGCUGCUUCAGGCUCAAACCAAGCCCCACCAGGUGGAACUGCUCCUGUUCCUCCAUCUACUGCCAAGUUUUCGAAUGCAGAUUCUGCAGCAUCUGAGCGUGCGCCUGCUGUCUCACCAAUGGUGGAGCAGGCUUCAUUAUCAGCAUCAUCAGCAGCAGCAGGUACAGCAGCAGCAGCCGACCAACGGAGUGAGGGCCGCAGACCAGUGAGUGAGGUCAAGAGAGCAGGAAGGAGUGAGGAAGCAGCAGCACUGGCAAAGGAAUCAGCAAGGGCGAGUGAGGCAGAAAGGGAGAGGGAGGUCGAAAGGAAGACGGAAGCAGAAAGGUCAAGAGAGGCAGAGAGGGCAAGAGAAGCAGAGAGGGCAAGAGAAGCAGAGAGGGCGAGAGAGGCAAAUAAGGCAAGAGAGGCAAAUAAGGCAAGAGAAGCAGAUAAGACAAGAGAAGCGGAAAGGGCAAGAGAGGCAGAGAAGGCAAAAGAGGCCCGCAUGGCUGAGAACAGGCGGCGAUUCGACAUGCUGGCAGCAGGCUUGGGCGGUGGUGAUGGGGGUAUGGGAGGAGGAGCAGCAGCAGGGGGCAAGGGGGGAAGAGGGGCCCAGCCGAUGAUUAAAAUGGAUAAGUACAACGUGAAGGCCACAGUGGUUCAUGCUCCCGACUUUGCAUCUCUCAAGCGAUCACUGCAGCUGCACAAGGCUCUGGCUUCCACUGAAAGCAGGGCUUCUGGUGGUGGUGGUGGUGCUGCUGCUGGUGCUUCUGGGGGGAGCAGUGGUGCAGGUGGUGGUGCUGCUGCUGGUGCUGGUGCUGUAACAGCCACUAGAACAGCAGCAUCUGACCUUCCUUCUAUUCUUCUCCCUCCUCCUGGACUCUCGGAUUUGAACCCUCCUCAUGGCAACAACCCCCCGCGCUACAACACCCCUCCCCGCUACAACACGCCCCCACGCGCCCACUCUCCCUCGUCCCAAUCCGGCUCGCCUAGGUCUGCUGGUCUACCCCCGCUUCCUCCCUCGCCUUCGUCCUCUGGGGGAGGAGGUACCUUCCUCCGUAACCGUACUCCUUCCCCUGGUAACCGCACCCGUGCGCUUGAAGCAGCAGCUGCUGCAGCUGCAGCGGCAGGUGCAGGAGAAAUGAGCAGCUUCCAGAGCUAUCCUGCCGGAGGAGGAGGAGGGGUUGAUUCUGCUCCUCAGGCUGAGUCGGUGCUUUUGGGGGAGGUGUAUCUUCAGGGGGUUCAGCUGCUGUUGCUGCAGCAGCAGCUGCAAUUGCCUCACAGCACAUGCCCUCGUCACCCUCCCUCUGUCCCUCCCCCGGCUCUGCUGCUCUCCCGACACUCCCCCGACGGCCGUUGGAUCUCUCCGUCAAGGCAUCGCAGCCGUUGA